CCAGUCGCCAACCGCACGUCGCGCCGUUUAUUAGACACAAGGAAGACGGACACGGGUGUCGCGAGACGGACGAAGACUAUUCGACGUGUGUGACCUUAUCUGCACAAGAUUUUUAUGCGUACGACCUCUACGCGCAUUUGGUCAAUAGUAAAAAUUUUACAUAGAAUUAAAAAAAAAUAAUUUAUUUUUCGCGGAAUUAAUAAUUUUUGAAAGUUAAUAGCGAUCGCGUUAUCAUGUCGGUCGGGGACCGACCGUAGUGGUCCCGACAUGUGGUGGCCUAGCGAGGCGGGUACCGGUGUCCGGCGUGACGGGCCCUGACGCGGUACCCAGCCCGGUACCACCAGGAAAUGGCCUGAAGUCAUGGUGAAACGGUCGCGCGUGUACUCUAGCAGCAGCAAUAGCAGUCGGUGUGCCGCAGUCUUACUAGUGUUGUACUUGUUGUGCGGUGUCGCGUUUGGUUCGUCGGUAGGGCGCCGGUCCCUGAUUGCCGAACGGAACAGCAACAUUCGAGACGCAGAAGAGGCGGCGGGCCCCAGGAACGAAAGGUCUACGGCCAAUUUAUCGCACAUCACCGGUACCGCGAGAAAAAUAAAGAUGUUCAUCAAGAACAGAUACCUUCAAGUGUACCCGGAUGGCACGGUGAACAGCACGACUGAGGAUACAAGCGAUUACGUUAUCCUUCAAAGAGCUUCUGUUAACACCGGCCAAUUGAAGAUCCAAGGAGUGGCCACGUGCAUGUACUUGUGUAUGGAUGCUUGCGGUUUACUUUACGGCUCGAAAGAUUUCGACGAAGAAUGUGUGUUCAACGAGAUGAUCGAACAGAACCAUUACAACACUUACUCGUCGGCCAAGUACACUAACGAUCGACGGACACUGUACUUGGCGCUCAACAAGCGCGGGACGCCCCGUAAGGUGCAUGUUAAAGCUAACGCGCCCCUGGGGAAAUUGUCCACGUACACUCGAGUACUCACACAGCCGGUGCCCGUGCAACGGGUGGACGAAUUGCUGGCGUCCAGGAGGCCAGUGGGCGAUUGGCCGAUACACGGGCUACGGCACCAUCACGUGUGCCCGCCUCAUGUGGGUCCUCCUUUGACAAAGCACAAAAAUAAGCAGCGAAAGUGCGGCAACAGCAAAUUUAACGGUCGGCGGAAGAAGGACGAGAUGAUCGGUGGCAGCAAAGGUAAUAGAGAGGACGAAGACUGCAAGAAAAACCGGUGCGACGACGUGAGCCACAGAAAGGUGGACACGUCCGGCCGGAAAAAGAAUUUGGGCACGUCGGCUAAGAAGUCCGGAACCACGGCUAAAAGCAAGGGCAAGGCAAAAAAAACCGAACCCGAACCGGUAAUGCCUCCUGAGCCGGUAGUGGUGCCAGUCGCAGUGGUCACCACUGUCGUGCCAUCGCAAUUGGACGACGACGACGUAGAUGCCGACGCGCCGGCCACAGCUCCGUCAGACGAGUUCCUAGAAUCUAACGAGAAUUAGAACAUUAUUAAUAUUAUUUUAACACUGUACUGCUUUAUUAUAUUUUUUCUAUGAUUAUUUUUAGAAUGUAAUUUUGUAUGCAUGAAAUUGUUUUUAAAUAAUUCGCCCGUGUCUUUGAGUGCACAAAUCACUUUUUACUGUCAAACGAUAUAGUGUUGUCGAUUAUUUAUGGUAUUCCAUUCUAUUUUUAUUAUUAUUAUUUUUUUUUUUUACUAAAAAAACUGAAGUAACAAUUGACCACCUUUUAUUAUCAAACUCAAGUAAGACUACACUAAUAGCAUACUUAAUGAAUGUUAUUUAACUUACAUUGAAUUAUUUACAUCGCUCAAAAUACCUAAAUUUGCUCCAUAACUAAUUGUAGUAAAUUAUAUAAAAAAAAAAAAAAUAAGUAUUUGCGGCUGACGCCUUGUGGUAUUAGUGAACGUUCAGUAUUUUCAUCAAAUUACUCACUUAUUCUAAGAAAAACAGUAACUGUUUGUUCACUAAAUGAAUUGAUAAGUAAACUUUGUAUAAAAAAAAUUCAUUUAAACUUCACUAAUCACGUCACAUUAUUUGGUUGUUAUAGAAACCUCUUAGAAAAUUAAUUAAUGCCUAAAUAAUUUAUUUUAAAUUAAAACAUGCCAGAAAAGUGUACUUUGAUUUAGUUAUUUAGUUGAUUUAAAGAAUUGGCCGUUUGUACGUCCUUUUAAUUUUUUUAAGCUUCAACAUAAUGUUUACAUGUUUUAAGCAAACGUGUUUACAUUCCACAUGAAAAAAGAAUUGCGCUUGUUAGAAGGAAACGUAAAAAUUAUGUUGACGUUAAAAAAUGAAGUCAUAAAGUCAUAUAUUUGUGCAUUGAACUCAUUACGUCACAAGUGAAAAACGACGUAAUAUUUUCAACGCUAAAAAGGAAAAAUCUUUUGUACAAAAAUUAAGUCAUUUAUUAUUUUUUACCAUUUAGGUUUCCUACACUGUACAAAUUUAUGUAUACAUAAAAUAUAUAUGACAAUUAUAACGCUAAUGUCUUUUUAUAGUUAAAAUUAUGAGCCUGACUAGUUUAAUAAUACAAUUUUUAUUUAUUGUUUUAUUUGUCAUCGUGUAAUGUGAAAUAUUUUUAUUAAUAGUUUUAAUGUAGGCAGAAUCAAUUGCUGUUGAUAACUAUUUUAAUUAAUCUGACAUUUGUAUUUCUAUAAUCACUGCUCUUGUAUAAAUAAUUAAGAAAAAAGUCCGUAAAUUUGAAUCUGACAAACGUUUUGUUAUAAACUUAUUUUAUAUUUCUAUCUCUUUUCCUGUUAAGCCAAUUAUAAUUGUAAACUUUGAUACACAAAAAAUAAUGAAUAUUUAAAUAAACUAAAAUUAAAUAUGUAAACACAGCAUCUUUAAAUUUUGUUGAAAUAAAUGAACUAUUUGUAUUUUUAAUACAAGCCCUAACUUAAAAAUGGACUUAUAAGUUAUUUUUAAUUAUAAAAAUUAAAUUUUGUUUAGAUAGUUAAAUAUUCAUUUUUUUCUGUCAUCGAAGAUUGCCAAAGUUCAAUUAAAUUGUCACAAUGAAAUUUCUCAUAAACUUGUACAUUUUCAAUCAUACGUUAAUUGUAAUUGGUUAUUGUUUUAUCUUUAUACCUACAGUGCUACCAUUUAUAUGUUCCCAAAAUAAUCGUUUGUUAAUUUUAUAUUAUGAUAAUGAUGUUAGCAAUAAUGUUGUAACCAAGGAAUUGUGAAUGAAAUCAAAAUUUUUAAAUGUGUAAAUACCUAAUUAUAAUAAUAUGACUUUUUUUAAUAAACGCCAGUAUUUGCGUAUUUAUGUACAAACUA